UGAACCUCCAUUACCCCAGCAGUUUAUAAACAAACUGAACCCGUUCGACAAUACCACAAAAAAAUGAUGAUCGGAGUAAGAAACUAUGAUAGCCAGACGGAACAUGUACCUCCAUGGUCCUUCGCUACAGAUGAUUCCAACUCUUACAUUCUUAGCCCUAAUAUGAAUGUUAACGGCGGCGGGGGCGGCUCCAUUGAUGACUAUUCUAUUUUCACGGCGUUGCAGCGCUAUUUGCCGUCUAACUCCGUUGGGGAAGGGGACUUAACGGUGGACGCGCACACGUGUGACCAAUUCAGGAUGUUUGAGUUCAAGGUGAGGAAGUGCUCGCGUGGGAAGUCACAUGACUGGACGGAGUGUCCGUACGCCCAUCCCGGUGAAAAGGCUCGCCGGAGGGACCCCAGGAAGUUUCAUUAUUCCGGCACCGCGUGCCCGGAGUUUCGUAAAGGGGCCUGCAAGAAGGGUGACGCAUGUGAAUACGCACAUGGGGUUUUUGAGUGCUGGCUUCACCCGGCGCGCUAUCGUACGCAGCCAUGCAAGGAUGGUCUUAACUGUAAGAGAAGGGUUUGUUUCUUCGCUCACUCGGCCGAUCAGCUCCGGGUUCUGAGUCCACGAGCCGAGUCGUAUGACGGCUCGCCACGCCGGCUUGCAUUCAUAUCAUCGCCGGAUUCUGGCUCUCCACCGACUGAGUCGCCACCAAUGUCUCCGAUGACCCCUGCCGCCACAACCUCCAUGAGCUCUCUCAAUCGGUCGCUCGGAUCGAAUUCAAUCAACGAAACAAUCGCUUCUUUGCGCCAGCUGCAGUUGAACAAGGUGAAGUCUAUACCUUCCUCUUGGAAUCUACAAGUGGGUUGUUCUCCCUCUGGGCUGGGUUCGCCCCGGGUAUCCGUUACCCGACCUGGAUGCUUGAGUCUACCAUCAACUCCUACCAAACCCUUGUCCCGGGCAGGUUUCAGGUGGGACAAGGACGUUGGCUACGAGGAGCCACCUACGGAGAGGAUUGAAUCAGGGAGGGAUUUGAGGGUUCAGAUGUUUGAGAGAUUGAGCAAGGAGAAUCCAUUGGUUAGGGUUAACCACUUGAACUGGAACCUUAACCCGAACCCCGCUCAGGACCCGAACCCUGACAUCGGGUGGGUCUCUGACAUGUUGAACUAAUCAUGUUUUAUAUUUUGGUGGCCUUCUAUUAAUUCUGCAUGCAAAUAGUACUGGAAAAAGGGAAAAGCUGUUAAUUUGUCAUUUUGGGAGCAACACAUUGAAGAUUCUGUAAAUUAUGUUGCUGCAUAAACUGCUGGUUAUUACGAUGUCGUUCGGUUUUCGCCUAGUUUUUGAACGAAUAGUUUCCGUACAAUCUAUCUGUAAAUAUAUUAGCAGUUCAGUUUGAAGAGCAAUCUCUCUUUUCUGGGGGCUGAAAAUUUGUAAGAAAAGAUGAGAGUUCAUUGCAAGAAGACCUGUGCUGGCCAAAAAGAACAGGUAGCCCAGAAUAUGGAUUGCUUUAUUUUUAUUUAUUAAUUAAGGUUGUUCAUAGUUAUUUAUUACCAGUGUUUUCACAAGCUCAAGUUAUAAGCUUGUAAUGCAAGUUAAUAUUUUUGAGUUAGGAUCUUUGUUAUAAGCUUUCUGCCGUUCAGUUUUAGCUUCCAA